AUGUCACUGGAUGGCGUUGUGGCUUCUCUGCCGUACCACCACUGGUGUGUGAAUGUGGCUUUAUUGUCUUUCCGCGGUGAGGCGUGGGCUCUAACGUGUGGGAAAGGAGGAAACUGCAGUGAAGGCUCUGCGGAGAGUGUGGAUAAGAAGGAAAAGGCAGAGGAAGUGAAGAAUGGAGGAAAGGAAGAAAACGGGAUUGAAUUACAUAUUUGCGAUGAUGAAUUUAAAAAUCAUGCGAAUAAGAUUGAAAAAUUAAAUUCCAUGCCGGAAUUUUAUGAUGUUGUACAGAAAUGUAAUGAUAAUACGACAUUGAUAAAAAAUAUUAAAAACGUUGAAUUCGUCAUGGAAACGCCUACAUUACCUUCUAUCAAUGCAGUAAUCGAAGAUGAUGAGAUGUCUGUAAAUAAUAAAACCCCUGUACGUUAUAAACUACACGAACCUUUAGAUCCAUUAAUGAAAGAUGUCUUAACCCCCGCCGUUUCCGCCGUUGUGGAGGAAUGUCUGAAUGCAAUUGUGUUAGUGUAUGGAGCCACACAAGAAAUGAAGCAGUUGGGUGUUGUUGGCACCCCAGAGGAGUGUGGAUUAUUACCGUAUGGGAUCUGCAUGGUGAUGAACCGCUGUGCAGAGAGACGGGAACGGCACUACAGCAGCACCUCCUGGUCUCUCGCCCCACCCACCGCACCGGAGAUCUCAACAGGCACGAAAUCCACAGAUGGUAAUAAUAAUAGUAGUAAUAAUAAUAAUAGUAGUAGUGGUUCAUCUUCUUGUGGGAGUCAUCGCUUUGUACGUGCAGAGGCCUCCUUUAUUGCGUUUGAUGCACUUAAUAUUGUGGAUCUUAUCGAUUUAAAUAACCAGAGUGUGGAAUUGGCACUGCGCCCCGGUGGGGACUCCACACAAAGCACAAGAGAUGAUCAUCAGGAUGUAGACAGUAAAGAAGAACCGCCGCAAGAUGAAAAGAAAAAAACAACAACAACAAGUGUAAUAUCAGAUGCGUAUGUCUGUCAUGCACGGACUUUACCAGCAGAACACGCUAGUCAUGCCUUGGAGGCACUUGAUAUUGGAUUAGACAACUUUACUCGGGCUGCAGAGAUUGGAUUAUUACAAUCUCAGGCGGGAACCUCUUUACUUUAUUCUCUCACACUCUUCACAGAUGAUUGUCAUUCCGCAACAUUCCAUCUCAUGUGUUUUGCAGAAGAUGCGGUUUUGCAGAAUUGGCUCGUUUCCUCCGCAUUAACUUUUAGCCAAACUGUACCUGAUGUAGAUGAAUUAAACUCCACAAAUAUGCAAAAUGUAUCGUUACCACCACCACCACCAAAACCACCACAACCACCUACACUUCAUCAUAAGGCUGCGGCUUUGUUAGUUCCACUUCUUUCUUGUGGGAAUAUAUUUGCUUCUGUACUCAUCUGUGCAUAUAAUUCAAUUACAGCCAUACGGCGAUUAACGAGAGAUUUAUCAUUUGCGUUAGCGGGAUCUCAUAUGAUAACAGCCCCAUACGUGACCCCUCUCAUCUCCCGGCGUUCUCAACAACCAUUGCCAGAGGGAUGGGAAGAGAGUUUUACAUACGAUGGAAGAAGAUAUUAUAUUGAAAAAUCAACCAAACAAGCUACAUGGGAAAACCCACGUAUUGAUAAAAAAGAGGAACUUGUAAAUGGAGUCACUCUUAACAAUGAAAAGAAUGGAAUUCAGCAAAGUAAUAUAUUAAAUUCCGUUCGGGAUCAGGAACCAGCCCGUGUACAGAUGAGUAGUGAGGAUGAGUUAUACCUUGAAGAAGGAUUACGACGAGCAUGCAGAGGGACUUCACGGCUUGGGGAAACUUCUCAUGUGGAUCCUCCCUACACUAUUGUAGUGAUUGAUGUACAGGAGGAAAAACACGUUUUACUCGGGCCGGCAGCUUCAAAGAAAAAGUCUGCAGAGAUAACGGCUCCCGUACCAGUGACAACACCAGAGAUGUUACUAUACCAACCUCCUCUUGUACCCAUCUCAAUUGCUGCGGUUAAUAGGAAAACAAAACAAAAAUUUAGGAGUGAUAGUCCUAUUUCUCCAGAUGAUGAAGAUGAUGAUGAUGAAUAUGAAGAUAAUGAUAAUAAUAAUGGUUGUGAUGACUUGAAGGAAGAUGGUGAUGGAUUAAAAAAUGGUAAUGUGAAUGAAGUGGAUUAUUUUUCAUCUCAACCUGCAGUCUAUGAUGUAGCAGAUCUCACCGGAUUCAAUGAAGGUGAUGAUGAUGAUGAGGAGGAGGAGGAUUUCGAUUUGGAGGAGGGAAAAGCCAUUCCAUGCAAUACAGAGAAUACCACAACCGAUACGGUUCGUUUUUAUGCGAAUGUAAUGAAUGGGGAAAACAAAAUGGGUAGUAGUAUUACCAGCGUUUGCGGUGGUAAUGUUAGUAGUACGAGUACGACUAGUGGUGAUAGUAGUGAUAGUGAUAGUAGCAACAAUAACAAUAGUAAUAGUAAUGGUAGUAAUAGUGGUGGUGAUGAUGAUCAGGGUAAGCAAACCACCAAUACUAAUAAUAAUACUACUACUACUACUAAUACGGCUACUAAUACGACUACUUGUGUUAAUAAUACUAAUACUAAUAAUAGUAAUAAUAAUACUAAUAAUAGUACUACUGCUACUACUGCUACUGCUGCUGUUGUUGCUGCGGCAACGCCCCAAGUAUCUGUAUCGCUGGAACUGCAGGAAUUGGAAUCUCUCACGGAUGAGUUCACACGUUUUUACCGCGAGUCCUGCGAGACGAAACGGAAAUUGCAGCAAGUCGAAUUGGAACUGGGGCGUGAACGGGAGGAAAACGCCAAACUGCGGGAACAACUCGCAGCGUUGAAAGGAACUAUACAGGAAUAA